AAGUAUUCUUCGAUCCCCUGUCUGAUUUGCGAGGUGGACGCAUUGGAUUUCUACAUCUCCGUUACGCUUCCGAAUCACUAACUCCAACUGGGAACGCAACUACUACUGACAUUUGCUCAACUCUUUGGUGAUCAUCAACCUCCAGAAAGGAAAUACAAUUAAAACCAGGAAAUAAUACUAUAUACGCGAUAUGGCUUCUCCGGUUCCCCGCGGCCUUCGUCAGGUCCUCCAGAAAUCUCCUUCAGAUAUCGUUAUCCUCUCCGCACUCCGCACUCCCGUUACUCGCGCAAAGAAGGGCGGAUUCAAGGAUGCUUACCCGGAAGAGCUUCUGGCCCAUGUGCUGAAAGCAACCCUGGAGGCAAACCCCAACCUUGACCCCGCCGUGAUUGAAGAUGUCGCGAUUGGCUCCGUGCUCCAGGAAUUGGGUGGUGCCAAAGCCGGCCGUAUGGCCCAGAUUCACGCCGGGUUCCCGCACAGCGUUCCCUUCCACACCAUCAACAGACAAUGUUCGUCCGGUCUCGCGGCUAUUUCGACCAUCGGAAACGGCAUUCGCGCAGGUGCGCUGAAUGUCGGUAUUGGCGGAGGAAUGGAAUCCAUGACCCGUAACUACGGAUCCCGCGCCAUCCCUACUGUCCUGUGGCCGGAGCUCAAGGAAUCCCCAUCCCAGGAUUCUCGGGACUGCAUCAUGCCCAUGGGUCUCACCUCCGAGAAUGUUGCUUCUCGCUACGGCAUCAGCAGGGCGGACCAGGAUGUCUUUGCUGCCAACUCCCACAAAAAGGCCGCCGCCGCCCAGGCCGCCGGGUUGUUCGAUGCCGAAAUCGUCCCCGUCAAGACUCUCUCCUACGAUCCCGAGAACCCAGAGGCGGCCCCCAAGGAGGUCACCGUCGCUAGGGAUGAUGGGAUCCGUGCCAAUAUCUCCGUCGAGAAGAUGGCGUCCCUGAAGCCCGCCUUCUCCCCCACGGGAGCCAGCACGGCAGGAAACAGCUCCCAGGUCAGCGACGGCGCUGCUGCAACCCUGCUGAUGCGCCGUUCUACCGCCACCGAACUCGGCCUGACUUCCUCCAUCAAGGCUCGCUGGGUUGGCACCGCGGUUGCCGGAUGCGCCCCCGAUGAGAUGGGCGUUGGUCCCGCCGUUGCCAUCCCCAAGCUGCUUGAGCUCCUCGGCGUCGAGGUCGCCGACGUUGGAAUCUGGGAACUCAACGAAGCCUUUGCCUCGCAGGCUCUGUACUGCGCUCGUCAGCUAGGCAUUGACGAGGCCAAGAUUAACCCCAAGGGUGGUGCCAUUGCGAUCGGCCAUCCUCUUGGUGCUACUGGUGCUAGACAGGUCGCGACUCUUCUCCCCGAGCUUGAGCGUACGGGCCAGGAGAUUGGUGUUGUUAGCAUGUGUAUUGGAACCGGUAUGGGCAUGGCCGGCAUGUUCGUUCGCGAGUAAAAAAAAAAACCACAAAAUUAUGGUUCUCUUUUCUGCAUGAUACUUUUAGCGUACACCGCAUUGUAUAUACACAAUUUGAUACAUACAUAUAUAC